UAGGAUGAAUUUUACUACUAGAGACUAACAACAAUAAUCACACCGUUAUUACUUACAGAUCUAUUAACUAAAGAAUUGUAGGACAUUUAUAUUUCACAUAUACAGUGUAUUCAUUUGACGUCAUUAUAUUUUCCAAAACAAUAAAAAGAAAAUUCCUUUUUUAUUGUUAUUCUAUGAUGAUAAAACUGUAAAGGGUGUAGGUAUACACAGAUUAAAGAAGAAAAAAGAUGAACUCUCACCCACCCACACCCGAACUGUAAUCAAAUCAAUCAUUUCUAUAAAAUAUAUAUGUUCUUUACAUUACACUUAAUAAAUUCCUACGUGUAUACAAAAAUAUAUUCUUACAUGGAAUGAAAUAACGAAAGAAAAAAGAUUCGUUUGGUUGGCUGAGAGUGUGGGGAGUAUUCGUUGCAUUUAUCAUUCACAGCCUCACACCCACACCCUUUGUUCAUAAACAAAUGUUAAAAAACAUCAGCUCGUAACAAUUAAACGUGCUUAUAUUUAUAUUAUUAUCAUUUUCAUAGCAGGAUUUCUAGCAUUUAGAGAGCAAGUUUAUUGUAUUGAUAUUAAUCAAUAAUUAUUACGAGCACCACAAUCAUGUUAUCAAUUAAAACGAAAUAUUCCAUGUCAAAUUGUGGAUAGUUUAUUACAAUUUCUAUUACAAAUUUAACACGAGUUAUAGUAAUGACUGUGUUGGGUUCGUUAGUUUUACGAAAUGUUCUCGUAUUUAUCCAAUAAAACAAACAAAUACAUUUGAUUCAACAAUGGUAUUACCAGCGGUUAAUUCAUUCAAAGCAGAACAACAACAACCAGUAAACAUAAAAAAUACUUCAAACAUUCAACCAUUGUUGACAAAUAUAAAUCGAACAGCUCAAAAGCGCGAUGCACUGUUAAUUAUACUAUUAGUUAUUCAAGUAAAUCCAAAAGAGAAAUAUCUUUCUAUUGAUUUUCUUGUUUUUAUAGGUUGCUUCUUUCAUUAUUUGCUCAUGCCCUAUCAGUAAUGUAUAAAUUCUAUUCUGUAACAACAAUUUGUGAUAUAAAAUCCAGCCUACGUCAAUCAAUUGAAAAUACAAUUUUCAAUGUUAGUGCACAAGGUUCAUUUCUCAAUAAUUCAAUUGAAUUUUACAUCUAUACAUUAUUUCGUGUCAUAUUUUGA